UUUAUUUAUUGUAAUGUAGUUAAUUUUUAACUAUGUCUUUGAGUCGAGUUUUUCGUGUGCUGCAUAAGCUAGGACCACCGUACAGUGUGCUUUUGGAGUCUCGACAAUUUGAAGAUGGACUGUUACUAGAAUCAGGAACAGUCGUAUCUCUUACUCCGCAGGAGAAAGAAGAACUUAAGUCGGAUUAUACAAAGGCAAUUGAUGCAUAUGGAUGUCUUGGAGUUAUGAUGUUUGGAGAUGACAAAGCUGGUAAAGCCCGCAGCUUAUACCUGGUGCUUGUGACUGCUUGUAUGCCAGUUGGAAAGUUACUCAACUGCGAAGUAUUCCGCAUUACUGGAGCAAGUUUUUUUUCUUUGCAAAAUGGUACUGUAGAUGCAGAUAGCAGGUGCACAGAUGUUAAAAAGUUACUCAGCUCUGGAAAAUUUUAUUUUACUUGGUCUGCAAUGAAUGGAGUGAAAUUGGAUUUGACUGUUUCACUCCAGGAUCAAGACAAGAAGAAUGAUGACCAACGUUUCUUUUGGAAUCACCUUUUGCACCUGCAUUUCAAACAUUUUGGUGCUGAUUGCGCCUUGUGGCUCUUCAGAGUUAUGUGUGGAGGAAUUGACAUACGAACUGUUUAUGUAGGUGCUCAACAAGCCAGAGCUUUGGUUAUAUCACGUUUGAGUUGCGAACGUGCUGGCACAAGAUUCAAUGUUCGAGGUGCGGACGAUGAGGGUCAUGUUGCAAACUUUGUAGAAAGUGAACAAGCAAUCAUACUUGGCGAAAAUGUUUCUUCAUUCAUGCAAAUUCGUGGCUCUAUUCCAUUGUUUUGGGGGCAACCAGGCCUGAAUGUAGGAUCCCAUAAAAUCAAGAUUUCUAGAGGAUUUGAAGCAUCUGCGCCCACAUAUGAUAGACAUUUUUCAAGCAUUGUGGAUAAUUAUGGGCAGUGUCUCAUAGUUAAUUUACUUGGUAGUAAAGGGGACGAGAGCAUGUUGAGUAGGCUUUUCCAACUACACCAUGAAAAGUCUGCUUUCAGUGAAGAAGUAACAAUGUUUUGUUUCGAUUAUCAUUGUGAAUGUAGAGGGAAAUCUGAAAAUUUAUCCAAAUUGAAAACAAAGAUAUGGGACAAACUGGAGAGUUAUGGAUGUUAUACCUAUAAAGAUGAUGAAAAGUUACGCAUCACUCAAACUGGUGUCAUUAGGAUUAAUUGCCUUGAUUGCUUGGAUCGUACAAAUAGCACAAAAACGUAUUUUGGAAUGCAGAUGUUACCAAAGCAACUGGAAAGUUUGGGACUUGGAAAUAAUAAGCAACUUGAAGAUAGAUUCAGAGAGGCUUUCAAAACGGCUUGGCCCAUUACUGGUGAUCUAAUCAGUCGAAUGUAUGCUGGUACUGGAGCCUUAGAAGGUAAAACAAAAUUUAAAGAUGGUGCAAGAUCGGUGACACGUGCAAUACAAAACAAUUUUCUUGACCAGAGUAAACAAGGUGCAAUUGAUUUACUCUUACUUGGUACCAACUCAGCAGAUAUUGAACUGAUGGCAAGGGCAAACAAUUUAAUGUCUGGUGAUUGCUUGCGUGCUCCCACAGCGGUUUUGAGAGGCAUGUGUGAUAAAUUCAAAGAUUACACAUCUAUCUUGCCAAUUAGAGUUGCCAUCGGAACCUGGAACGUAAAUGGUGGAAAGCAUUUCCGAUCACUGGCAUAUAAAGAUCAAACAUUAGAUGACUGGCUCAUCAAAUGCGAACAGUCACCAACCAAUAAUUUUUACAAGGCCUUGUAUGAUUUUUCCUCUGCCGAAGAAGGUGAUUUGUCAUUCGCAUCAGGUGAUAUCAUUGAUGUGCAUCAUGCCUUGGAGGAUGGGGAAUGGAUGUCAGGUUCCUGCAAUGGAUGUAAUGGAAUAUUUCCUGCAGCUUAUGUCACCAAAUUGCUACCAAGAUAUACUGCUUUGUACGACUUUCCAGCUCAUCAGGAAGGCGAUCUCGAUUUUGUUGCUGGCGACACAAUUGAGGUGACUGAAAUGACAGGUGAAUGGUGGAAGGGAAGGGUUUCAAGAGAUGAAUACAAUCCUGAUGAAUUGGAAGGAACUUUCCCAGCUAGCUAUGUUGAAAUAUUCAAAGAUAGUUUGUCAAGUGACUCCUUUAGCAAUCUUGCAGACAAUAAUGAUGCUGAGGUUGACUGGAAUAAAGCAAUGGACUUUUAUGUUAUUGGAUUUCAAGAGAUGGUUGAACUCAGUGCUGGGAACAUUGUAAAUACAAGCCAUACUAAUCAACAUACCUGGGGAAUAGAAUUGCAGAAGACAAUAUCUAACAAGUACAAGUAUGUCCUUCUUGCUUCAGAACAGCUUGUUGGUGUGUGCUUUUAUGUGUUUGUUCGUCCGCAUCAUACACCUCAUAUUAGAGAUGUUGAAAUUGGAACUGUAAAAACUGGAUUGGGGGGUGCAACUGGAAACAAAGGAGGAAUUGGUAUACGAAUGCAGUUUCAUAACUCAUCUUUGUGUUUUGUAUGCUCUCAUCUAGCUGCUGGACAAGGACAAGUACAGGAUCGAAAUAAUGAUUUUGCUGAAAUAUCCAAGAAGAUGGUUUUCUCUGGAAAUAAAUCUAUCUAUUGUCAUGAUUAUAUUUUCUGGUGUGGAGAUCUGAACUAUCGGAUAGAUAUGCCAAUUGAUGAGGUUAAACAAUUAGUUGUUGAAAAGGAUUGGAAAUCUUUGCAAAGCAAUGACCAACUCUGUACAGAAAAGAAAGAGGGAAGAGUGUUCCAGUGUUUUUUAGAAGGAGAUACUAACUUUGCACCAACCUAUAAGUAUGAUUUGUUUUCCGAUGACUAUGAUACUAGUGAAAAGUCCAGGACACCAGCUUGGACUGAUCGUGUGUUGUGGUUUCGAAGAAAAUGGUUUGCGGACACUCAAGAUUCUGGCUCAUCGUUAGUUUCAGUAAGUCAAGAUCCAGAAUGGAAUCCUGGAAAAUUGCUGUAUUAUAAUAAAGCUGAUAUUAAAACUUCUGAUCAUCGUCCCGUUAUAGCGAUACUUGAUGUCGAUAUUAUACAGUCUGAUGAAGAACAUCUCAAUACAACAUUUCAUAAAUUUGUAGAAGCCCAAGGUCCUCCAGAUGCAACUAUCUUGAUAUCAUUAACCCAAGAAGAAAAUACUGGUGACAUUCCACUGUCUGGUGAACUAUUUGAAGCAAUCAUGUCAAGGCUGAACGAAAUUGGUGAAGUUAUCAUCACCCGACACUUCAAGGGGAAACUGAUGGUUAUUUUCAGUGAUGGUACAGCAGCAGUUAGAGCCACAGACUUGAAUGAAACUUCUGUUGAUGGAACAUUGAUUUAUGUCACAUUAAAAAGUAGAGGUUGGGAGGAAGAUGUUGAACAUGAACUUCGACAGCAUUCACAUUCAUUUUCUGCUAAUGAAUCAUAUGCUGAAAAAUAUGCAAACGAGGGGGAACCGUGUCAAUAUAAUUAUGAUGUGUACCAUAAUGAUGCGGAACAUGAAGAAGACAGUUCUGAAUCACCAAGGUAUGAAUAUAAUACAUAUCAUCAAACAAGUACGCAAUCAUAUGAUAGUCCUGUUUCGGAAGCCACUGAUACAAUUAAUGAAUCAAACAAGGAGGUCAUGGAAGAUGUAAAUGACCCUGGGUGGGCUUUUGAAAGCGAACAUUAUUCUUACAGCUACAUGCCACCAAAUCCAGAGUUAACCAAGAAAGUAUCAGCACCACCCCGACCUUCUAGUGGACCAGUAAAGAAGCGUGCUCCACCAAGACCAAACACCCUACCAACUAUGCCAUCAGGACCUCCACCCCUUCCAUCGCAAUCUCCAUCAAUAAUGCCAGGACCUCCUACAGCAAAACCAGGUCUAUCGAUUGGCCCCAGUCAACUGCUUCAUUCACCCCGCUUGAGCCAUCAACUAUUCUUAUUCCUGAACCUGCACCAUUACCAUCUAGACCUCCUAGAGCCACUGCUCGAAGUCGUCAUGUUCCUAAACGGAAAGCACCCGCUCCUCCUCCAAACACAGCUGGUAUGCCUCCUCCAUUACCAUUGACACCACCCAAGGGACCGCCUAAGGUUAGGAGUCAACAUAUGAAUGCUGCUUUCAUCCCCGAAAAUCACUCUGAGCCGUCACUAUUGGACCUGGACCCUUAUGCUCCCACAUCGGCACAUGUGCCUCCAAGGCCUGUAUCAGCAGGGGUACUGAUUCCUAGUGUAAUUUCUGGAACUAAGGAUUCAAAUCCACCUACAAUAGCACCUCGGAAAACCCCUGCAAC